CCUGAUGAUAAGCUUAUGAAGAUAAUUAUCAUUGUCCAUAUUGUAAAAACAUGUUUUUUUUUUGUUUUUUUUAUCUUAUUUUACCAGACUAUUGAAAAUACGCUCGCCUCCAGCAAGAGACGCUUCGCUGCGUCCAAGCUGGAGAGGGGAAAGAGGUACAUUGUCACCAUUUAUGCCUUUAGAGGCAGCAAAAGGAGUAAGGUGGUGGAGACCUUCUUCAAAACAGUUGCUCUGCUGUACCCCUUCCCUAUGGACUGUGGACAAAUAAUGAAGAACGGCAAUAAAAACAAUGGUGUCUAUACUGUCUACAUUAAUAAUAACCAAUCCAAGCCAAUACAGGUUUACUGUGACAUGACCACCGACGGAGGCGGUUGGCUGGUACUUCAGCGGCGUAACACUGGGAAUCUGGACUUCAUGAGACGCUGGCGGCAGUACAUAGCAGGCUUUGGCAACCUGACAGAGGAGUUCUGGAUUGGUUUGGAUAAGAUACACGAGCUAACCAACACUCCCACGCAGUAUGAGAUCAGGUUCGACUUGGGCCUGGGCUCAGAUAGAGCGUACGCCGUUUACGACAACUUUAAGAUCGCUCCGGUCAGACAGAGAUUCAAGCUCACCAUUGGCAAAUACAGAGGGACAGCAGGUGACGCCAUGACCUACCAUCAAGGCCGGCCCUGGACCACCAUGGACUCGGAUAAUGAUCUUGCGUUGACUAACUGUGCCAGGACCCACAAAGGAGCUUGGUGGUAUGCAAACUGUCACUUGGCCAACCUUAAUGGUAAAUGGGGAGACAACGCACACAGUGUGGGAGUCAACUGGGAGCCAUGGAAAGGACAUCUAACAUCCCUGGACUUCACAGAGAUGAAGAUCCGACCGGUGGGAGCGUUGUCCAGCAGAAAGAGGCGAUCGCUGAUGGCCAGAGAGGGAAAAAGUAGAGUCUCAAACGGCUACAACAAAUAGGAAAGCGGCCAAAAACUGCAACAGAAGCAGUCGGCACCAUCAACCUUUGAUCACACUAGAUUUUGGUGUUUCUGUACAAAUGUAGAUAGACCACACAAGGAUUUUGCAGACGUGUGCUUCAAAUAUUGUAUAAUUUUUGGAGAAGGAUGAGCAUAACCAAAGCAACCAAAAAUAACCCGCAGUAACUUUGAUUUUGUUUGUAAACAAAUCAGAAAGCCCCGGUUUAGUGUGAUUGUGGGGGAAAAAAAUGGUCAACAAGAAACUCGGUUGAAUGAAGUCGCAUGCUACGUGGAAGAACAUGCAUUUGUAGACAAUCAUGUCUUGCUGUUUUUUUAGACAACCUGACUAAAAACCUGAAAAAAAUAUAAUGCCAAAUAAAGUUUUUCUUUUAUCUCCUAUUAUUAUAUUAAUCUUAACCCUGUUUUAGAGUCAUAGCUACGUUCCAAUUUGAAUUACAUCCUCUGGGAUAUAAUUCAAAUAUCCAGCAUCCAAAUAAGCAGCGUUGCUUGUGUGUUUAAUGAAUGGCUCAUUUGUCAGCUGCUGAAGCAUGUGCCCUUACUCUAUUGAUUAUGCUGCCACUGUGCAUCCAACACUGUCACAUCACAUAAGGCGGUAUGACACAGGCCAGAAAAUAACAACUGAUUGCAGCCUCGAAAAUCCAAAUUGCUCCUGCUUUACAUUCAUAUGACGGGGGACAGCUCGUAUCAAUCAAUGUGACGUGUCCCCAUCAAACGUCAAUAACAAUGACAUUUGUUUGUGCCGCUCUCGAAAACCGAAUGACCAAACUCCCGUUUUUAAUCUGGAAAGCUGACAUAUGCUAUUAAUGUUGCGCUGGCUCCUACUCUGCUUAAUUAGAUUUUCUUAACACUUUUAUCACAAACACAGUUUAUGUGACAAGGACGUAGAGCACAUCAAUCAGCUUUUCAGCCAAUCUGCCAGAAUGGAUUUGAAGUUGGUGAACUUUAUAGGAUUUUUUUUUUUUUUUUUAUGCUGCAAAGCUUUUCAUUUUAAAAUUUUGUAACUAAUUAGAAUUAUUGAACAUUUUCAAACCAGAUCCUGAUUAAUAAUAUUUUCCUUACUAAUUAUGUUUUCAAACUGACAUUAUUAAUUCUUUUUCACUGUAGUGUCACAAAAUAAAUCUGUUUUAAUGAG